ACUAUCUUCAGGACCCUGUAUGCCAAUCCAUGCUUCAAGAACAAUUGAGAGGGACAUGGGUGUUGAACGUACAACACAUCGAACUACAUAUGGCUCACGGGGCAGUACAAAUGCCGUACACACCCUGAAUCACUGUGCUCUAGCGGACAAUAUCACACGUGACACUUCAGACUGGUGCAGUGGGAGAAGGAGAGCUGAAAAAGUUAAUGAAGACUUCUAUGCCAAACGACGACACCUAGCAGAACUGGCUGCUAAAGGAAGCCUUCCAUUGCACCCUAUGCGCCCACAGCGCCAUGAAGAUGGACCAUACAGUCUUGAUCGAAAUAGCUCAAAAAUAAAUGGAGAAAAGUCCAGAAUAGCCAAAAUGCAUUCACAACCACAAGUCUACAACAUAACGUACAGAACCUGGGACCCCACUGACCAGUCAUUAAGAAGGCAGGUGGACACAAACAGGAAGCAUGGCACACUGGAACCACCAGUGAGUGACCGCUUUGGGGCACGCAGCCAGCACUAUCUGCCCCCACAUCCCUAUUUUGUGACAAACAGCAAAACAGAGGUCACAGUCUAAGAUGUGUUACUCCUUGCAGGAGGGAAAAAUAAAAACAAAUUUCUUUUUUUCUUUUUACUUUUUUGUUCUUUCUUACUGGUGACAUGUCAAAUGUCAAGUGCAGUAGACGGGUAAAGGACCUUCCAGAAAGGGUUGACUCUACUAAUUCAGCAAUACACUGAAGGCUUGUUUGGAAACUUCAUUUCUGCUCCAAAACUUAAAAUCUUGAUUUUAUACUUGGACCGGAGUAACUGCGACAAGAAGCAGCACAAAUGAGAGACACCUACUUUAGCUGAUGACCCGUAUUUGUCUAACCUGAGGAACUAAACAGUAAUAAGCUUAUUUUUUGUCCUCAUUUUUGUAUUAUGUACACACUGGUAAAAAGCCAGGUAACAAAACUCCCUGAUAUAGGCUUCACUGAAAUUUGCUUGUAUCAUUCUAGGUGAAAAAUUUACAAAAAUAGGAUGCUUCCAUGUAAAAUUUAAUAUGUUAAUAAAGACUGUUAAGAUCUGGAAGGGAAAAACAUCUGAUAGAAGGCGACUUGUAGAACAAACCACUAACAAUAGGAGGAAGUCAAGAAAAGCUCUAUUUCAAGAUCUCUUACAAAAUACAAAUGAGUUUUGCUGUAUCAGGAAAAUAGGUGGACACGUGUUAGUACAUAAGUAUCCCUUUAUCAACCAUAAUUGAAAACUGCAUAUAUCAAGAGUUUCAUGAAAUUAGAUGUUUCUUCUGUAUACUUGCUUUUUCAGAUAAUGCAUUAUGUGGGCUGUGCCUUUUAUGUAUUACUGGUGUUUCAGGAAAGUCUUGUUGUCUACAUAGAAACAUUCUCAUUUAGAUAAUUUUCUUUUACUUCAUCCACUGUAUUAUAAACUUUUUUUGUGUUAUUAUUCAUCAUUUUACAUUAGUGUACACCUGCACUUUCUCAAGGAAUACUGUUGUCCAGUUUGGUUUCUAUAUGCAUCCAGAGCUAGCUGAGGGAAAUGCCAGUGGUAAACAAACUGCGAGCUGGUUCGUAACCUUGAAAAAAGUCUUCAAAGGGCAUGUCACUAAACAAUAAAUUCCACUCUGGAUAAACUCUGUGAGUUAGCAAUCGUGCAUAGUAUCAAUUUCAAAUACAUUUAAAUAGCACACAUUAGACAUUCAAAGUCAUUUUAAAGUUACAUUACAGUCAAAGACAUUCCUCACUUCCAGCUAUUAGGAUGUCAGCAGCUAAAGCAAUAAUUACAUUUUCACUGAGGCAGUAAUGUACCUUCAGCUUUUAUUUUAAGCUAGGUGAGAGAGAGCGAGACAGUGUGUCAGUUAACAAAGAUGCAAGUACAAGCCUCAUUUGAGUACCUACAAUAGUCUGACCUACCUUCACAAAAAUAGCAUGUUACUGCCCUGUGUGAUAAAAACACCCUCUGAUUUUGUUAUCAGUAUUUAAGUUAUAUGUAUGGUGUUUGAAUUGCUUUUUUGGGCAUGAAAGACCAUCACAUAUUUUUUUCAGAAUCUCACCUUUUUAUAAUUUAAAAUCACAAGAUAAUUAAAUAUAAGAGGAACUGAGAAAGAGUACUGCUUUGAGGCUUUUCUUUUGUACAGUAUUUUAAUAUUUUUACAUCUGCAAUGUCAGCUUCCAUAGCACUUACAGCUGCUGCAUGUACUCGAGUUAGUAUAAUAUUGUUUUAUUACUUUCUGUCUUCAGUAACUCACAUGGUAGAUGUGCACAUUCACAAAAUUAGACACAGUUGUAGGUUAUCAGAGCUGACAUAGUAAAAUGCAUGGGAGUUAGUUGCAUAACUUUGUUGAUGAAAACAGAAGUCAUGCGACUAAUGAGAGAGCUAAAAAACAAAGACACAGAGACCCAUGUUUCUGUCUGUAGUAAGUGGCUAUGCAAAGAUGCUCUCUGUACUCCAAAAGGGAUAGGACGUAUGUUCAUACUACAUUCUUUUAAAAUUUUCAGUUUUUUCAGAGCCGCUAUUACCAUGCUAAGCAUCUAAAAGCUCCAUGUACUACUGAAAUGUUUGCCGCUGCUAAAAUCAGUAGAACUAGUUGUCACAUUGAAAUGAAAGCUAUACCAGCAUUUAAGAAUUGGCAGAUUAUCCUGGUCUGCUUAACCCCACUGUCCAAGACAAAAGGGAUCUUCCUUAACCAAGAGAUUUUUUCUAAGCCUUAUUAGUAACUGCCUUGUGUGUACCCCAUACAUUUCUUUAUUUUUCACAGUAUUCAAUCCACUGCCUCCAUAGGAUGGUUGUUAUAAAGUAUGUAAUAUUUGCAUAAUCCUUUUUUUUUUUAAGUGUGUUGCCCCACUUCCAAAUUGUGUUUCUUUCCUUGAGGUAUGUUAAUAUUUUUGUUUUGCCACUAUUUUACUGAACAUGACCUCCGGAUCAGACCCGGUCCCCCUCCAGAUUUUUUCUUCUUUUUAUCUCUGUAACUGCACAGAGUAUUUGACUUGGAUUCUUACUGAAAGACAGCACGUUCUGGUUUUCUCUUCCUUUGAAACCUGAUUUAUAAGGAAGCCUCCACAUUGCAUCAUAACAUUGCAUGCCUAGUUUUUAACUAGACAAGGCCUCUUUUAAUGAUUGUUAUACUGGCCAGAAUGUGUGGUUGUCUUCUCUUUUUAACCCAGAUGUCUAAUUUUCAUUGUUAAUGAGCCAGAUUCCAAAAGUGACCACUUACAGUGAGAGCAGGUCUUUUUUGGAUCUAGCCCACAAUUUGUUAUACUUUGCAAUCCUUACUUUGUACAACCUUUUGUGCAUCUGUUCAUCUGUGAUUUUUUUUUUUCUUUUUUAUACAGAAAAGACAUAUUCUUUCAUGAAGUUGUGUAGUUAUUUCUUAUGAAGAUACUAAAGGGACUGCAUUUAACACUGGGAUUCUUCAGUAAAAACUUGUCUUUCUUUCAGGCAGACUCCAGUUAUUUUUAUGCUGUAUUGGGUGAUGGAUGUUUUAUUAAGACUACCAGCCAAGCAUGCAUUCAAGGGCUGGGUAAUAUCUUUAGUGACCUUUUCUGGAGUGCAAGGUCCAAUAUACCAAGAUAAUCUCUGAAUAGUCCUUAUCUAUAUCCCCUUACAAUCUCUUCUCGAGCUGUUUUGCAACAUUGUAUUCUGAACAACUCCACUCAUGAAAAAAGGCUUGUUCUCUUCUUUAAAGUCCCCUUGACUCACACUAGAUUCUUCAUUAAUUCAAAUGACAUACCAUCAAUAAUACAGUUUCUUCUUCUGCAUAACUUCUGUUAACACAGUCACCAUAUGCCUUCUGGGAACUCAAACAGUCUGUUUAAUUGGAUAAUGAAAUAUGUUUAUGUUUCUGAAUCCAUAAUUAAAUAAAAAGAAAAUGAACACAGUUAACUGGAUGUAAUCCAAUACAUUUUCUUGACUACUUUAAUAAAAUGCUGUCAGAAAUCUGGUGCUGUCGCCCUGGAACAGUUGUUCAGAAACACCUUAUAUAAAGUACCACUCCUAUAUUCAGUUCUAUACAUUUCAUGUAACUUGUUGAUCUCUUAUGUGUUCUUGAGGAACUACUUCUAAAUUAUUUACGGCCCCUAGAACCAAAGAGAAGAGCUUUAAAAUUAGCUGUGAAUCGGCCAUGACUUCUACCUCUUUAAGCAUUUUAGUCUUAAUUAAUUUUUCUAACUUUAUUAUAAAAUUAACCAUGCCUUUUUCUCUGUAAACAAUUUUUAACCUUAGAAAUGGGGAAUAAACAUGGAGCCUGUAUGAAAAAAAACUGCCAGUUUAAACCUAUCAGCCUACCUUCACCCCAAGAAACACUAAAAUGUGAAGCAAAAACAUUACUGUUAAAUUUGUGCCUACUAUCCCGUAUGUAUCCUGGAAUGUGUAGGUAUCCCCUAUAUAACACAUAAGGGGUACACAAGGAUAGAAGAGCACACGCAUGACUAGUGAAGAGGUGCUAUCCAAAGUCUUAAUUAUGUCAAAGGAUUUUCCAUUCAGGACCACUUUAUAGUUGAGAUUAUAACGGAUGAAGCAGAGCUACUGCUGUGGAGAAAAUUCCACCCCCCCCCCCAUAUUAAUUCUUUGAUACUUUUAAUUUGGUACUGAAUUGAUGAUCAAAUGGAGACUUGGUAUUAUAAAAAUCAGCACUAAAGCUUUUUUAAGUUUACCUCACUAAAGCUGCCAUCAAAGGUCGGUAUUGACCAAUAUGUAUGGAGUACAGACGUCACAUGAUUAAUAUGUGUUAUAUUGUCUGGGACAAAGUACAGGUUUUCCUCUUGAAACAGACAACUAUCAUUCCUGUGACUAUUUCUGAUAAGUCACAUCAUUGGCAUUUAUAGUUUUUCUAUAAACCUCCUCUACUACUGUAUCAAUAAAAGCCCUUUAUUGAACUGUGGAUUUAAUAUCUGUCAGUACAUUUUGAAAUGUCCCCCUCAAGUUCAUGAGCCACUUGAUUUUGAUAAUCUCUCUAAAUGGGAUUACCCCAAUUACAUGAGCUGGUUCAGUUUUUAAAACAUGCAGGAACAUGUUACAUUAGGUUUCCUUCCUGAGCAUUAUUCAGCAGAACCCAUCAGCAUUAUUUUUCAGUAAGACAACCAAAUACCAUACUAUGGAAGAAGCUGUUUGGUACAUACAGUUCAGGACUGUCACUUCCAAAUAUGAAAUAAACUUGAAAUUAUUUCUCUAAAGCCAGAAAAAUAAAUGAAAAUCUACUAGUUUUUGAUGCAGAAAAAAAGAGAAUUCCAGUAAACCGAUUAGCAUGCAUCUAUUCAAACCCCCCUUUUCCCAAUUUUGCCCAUGAUGUUGGGGUGUCACUUUUUUCAUAUGUGACAAUCAUCUCUUGCUAAUGUUUACAUUGCUGAUGGCUAGCCUUACUGUACUUUUUCUGUCAUACCACACAUGCAUUCAUACAGACAUUCACACCUUCAGCCACUGUACAGUUCCCCUACUGCAUGUCUUUAAAAUGUGGGAGGAAACCAGAGCACCUGGAGAAAAUCCAAGCAAAUGCAGGGAAAACAUGCAGACUCUACACAGAAAGCACCCCAGCUGAGAAUUAAACCAGAGAGUCUCUUGCUGUGAGGUGACAAUGCUACCUACCUUGCCUCUGUGUCCAUUAGCAGAUCAGCAAAUUACAGUUACACUUGUAUCUGUACACUUUACUAGCAAAUAAUAUUUGCUAUCAAAUUCAAAAUAUUUACUUUGCAGAUAGAAUGUCAUCAGAAACUGGUAUCACCGGCAUUUAGUCCUUUUGGACAGAAAGAAAAAGCCACCUGUAAUCCUGCGUCACGUCCACCUGAUGUGUUUAAUGCUGCAAUAUCUGCUACUGCAGUCCUCUAUUAUGGCACCCAUUCAAAACCUCCUAGCCUUUCAAUAGGGUGAAAUGGAGUCUCACACCAUCUACAUGUCCUACCUGUACAGACUCAGAGCCCUGAUGCUGUAUGUGGUAUUCAACAGACUGCUAACAGGUGACCUGUGUCUGGCAUAGAAGACAUCCUCUGAACCAUUGCUGAUGGGUUUACUGCACACCAGUUAGCAUCAGAAAUACUUGGUUGAGGAAUCUCAAACUCUUCUUCAACAUCAGCAGAAUGGUUUGGAGAGAUAUGCAUAUCUCACUGAGGAUACCGCUACUGUGGAACAUUCUCACCAUCUACAUAAAAUAAAGUUCAUCCCUGUCCAUAUUCAAGCUCAACUUAGAUCUAUGGAUGGGAAGCAGAGACUUUACCACAAAGAUACCCCCUGUACAACUAAUGGACAGAUGCAGCUCCUAAAUGCUUUAUGCAUAUGAUUCCAGGUAUUCUCGUUGGGCUAAUGUAUAACUAUCAACCAUGGGAUGGUUAAGACAAAUCUUUAAAAAUAAUGGUAUAUGUUAUUUUGUGCACAAAAAGGGAAUUGUCUUAGGCUUAAAAUGCUCGGCAAGGGCAGCUAGCUUAAUACUUACCCAUGAAGCUAUAAACAAUUAAGAUGCAAAUGUGCUUAUUUACCCUUUCUAAAAAAAUCCAAACAAACUCUGUACAUGUCUCAUAACAUGACAUUAAGGGGGUAUGGAUUUAUGUAGCUUAAGAAUUGUAUGCAAAACAAAGGGUCCAUCCUGGGGACUCAGAAGAAACCUACCACUGUUAGAAAGAGCUGCAACCAAAAGGGACUGUUUCCAUGACUGCAGAAAAUACAAUUUAGAGACAUUGUUAGCCACAAUGAGAAAAUACCUCAUUAUCAGCUAAUUUUCAUGUUUCUAAAAUGCUAUUAAUUACCACAAUUGCAAAUCAACAUUUUCCAACAGUAGUCACCACUGGUGGCCCAUGCAUCACAUUGGCACAGGCAACCCCAUUCACACUCCGCACACAUACACUCACACACACACACACACACACACACACACACACACACACACACACACACACACACACACACACACACACACACAACAAUAUGCCCCUUUACCAAUCCAUGUGUUGAGAGAAUGCCUCUGAUGUCUCUCUUGAUUUAUGUCUCUUCUCUCAUAAACUGGGAAUCCUAACACUCAGUCAAUAAUGACAAACAAU